AUGGUGGCUGCUCUUCCAGGAGAGACGGCCAUUUCGGCCAAGCGUGCCCAGCUUGCGGGAAAGCAUGGCUUCAAGGGCCUUUUGGGUAACAAGAAGACCACCUGCAUCGGGUUAUUCGCGUCGUUGGGUGGACUGGUGUACGGAUACAACCAGGGAAUGUUCGCUCAAGUCUUGACCAUGCCUGCCUUCCAAGCAGCGACUCAGGGAUAUGCUGCGGAAACGGGCAUCCGACAAGGCAUGCUGACUUCUAUUCUGGAGCUUGGUGCCUGGGUUGGAACGUUGGCAAACGGAUAUCUCGCUGACGCGCUCGGGCGUCGUUUGACGGUUCUGGUUGCCGUGGUAGUGUUUUGUGUUGGUGUGAUUGUCCAGGCAUGCACGGCUAGUCCUGACUUCGUCUUCGGCGGCCGAUUCGUGACAGGUCUGGGUGUUGGUAGUCUGAGUAUGGUCGUGCCACUGUACAAUGCGGAGUUGGCGCCACCGGAGAUCCGAGGGUCACUCGUCGCCGUGCAGCAACUCGCAAUCACCUUUGGUAUUAUGGUCAGCUUUUGGAUUGGCUACGGAACAAAUUAUAUUGGCGGGACUGGGGCGACACAAUCGGACGCUGCAUGGCUGGUGCCAGUCUGUAUCCAAAUCUUACCUGCUAUUGUCCUCGCUGUCGGUAUGAUGCUGUUCAUGCCCCAGUCCCCGCGUCACCUGAUGAACACCGGCCGUGAGGAAGAAUGCCUCACCACCCUGGCUCGUCUGCGUAACGCAUCCACUGACGACAUGCUUGUUCGCAUCGAGUUUCUCGAAAUCAAGAGUUUGUAUCUCUUCGAACGCGAAACGGCUGCCGAGAAAUACCCCAACUGGCAAGACGGUUCGUUUUCCAGUCGUUUCAAGAUCGGACUGCAUGAUUAUAUGUCACUGGUUACCAACAAAUCGCUAUUCAAGCGAACAGCAACAGCUUGUAUGAUCAUGGUGUUUCAACAAUGGAAUGGCAUCAACGCAAUUAACUACUACGCGCCUUACAUAUUCAAGGAUAUGCAACUUGGCGGCAAUACCAUCUCGCUGCUGGCCACUGGAGUGGUAGGAAUCGUAGAGUUUGUCUUCACGAUUCCUGCUGUGCUCUGGGUUGAUCAAAUCGGACGCAAGAAGAUCUUGAUUGCCGGUGCAGCUGGAAUGGCAAUCUGCCACUUCAUUGUGGCAGGUAUCAUUGGCGCCUACCAAGGAACCUUCGACGAACACAAGGCAGCAGGCUGGGUUGCCAUUGUCUUCGUUUGGAUCUUCGUCAUCAACUUUGCCUAUUCCUGGGGGCCUGUCGCUUGGAUUGUUACCUCGGAGGUAUUCCCACUCAGCAUGCGUGCCAAGGGUGUGAGUCUUGGCGGUAGUAGCAACUGGCAACUUCGGUGCUUUCAUCUUUUUGGAUGUAUCACGACGAUUGCUAUUUUCUAUGUCAUUUUCCUGGUGCCGGAGACAAAGGGCCGCACUCUCGAGGAAAUGGACGAAAUCUUUGGAUCGAGUGGAGUGGCAGCUGCCGACAAUGAGCGCAAGCACCGUAUCGAAAGCGAGAUCGGGCUUCUCGCGCUUGUUGGCGUGGAGCCUGUCGAUGAAAAGCACACCGAUCUCGGUCAGACCGAGAUUGAAUAUUCAAAGACCAAUGAGGUGGCCAAUCCCAUCAAUUGA